ACAGAAAGAGAGAGAGAGACAGAAAGAGAGAGAGGGCGAAGGGGUGGGAGCGGCGGUAUCCGGACCCCAUCGAUCGCUCGGAGCUCCAAGAGAGCGAGCUUCCAGGGGAUUAAUUUACGGGCCGAGUUGCGGCCUCGGGGGAUCGAUCAGCGCCGGAAUUAGGUUUACGAGCUCGGCUUCCUCCUCGGUUCUCCGUCGGCUGGGUUGGAGCGGUUGGGGUCGUUAGGGUUUUGCUUCGAUCCCAAGGAUUGGAGAGGGGUUGGUGGUUUCGAUUGGUUCGGGUGGCCGGAUUCUUGGGGUGCUUUGUUCGUUCUUGAAAGACUUCAACUCGGAUCGCAUCGGAUUAGAUUCAGGUUUUGUUCUGGGUUUCGUGUGGUUGGUUUGGGAUUUGGGUUUGUAUUUCCGAGAGGUGUCGAGGUUUUGUUGGUCUGAUUGUGUGGUGGCGGUGGUCGUGAGGCGAUGAUGGUGGUGGAUGGGGAGUAGAAAAGUUGGGGCUGGUGUGGAAGAUGUUAAGGAGGCGGCUAGAGGGAUGCCGAGCUUCAUUUCAGCGCUGCCUGGGGCUCAUCACAUUGAGACAGAGGGAAAACAGCAUGCACCCUUCUCGAGUUUCUGACCUUGCAGCACUUGAGCAGUCUAUUGGAUUUCGCAUAGAAGAAGCUGUUGAUCUAAGCAGAAAUCCUUUAUUUAAUCCAAAAUCAAGUGGCCAAUCUGUUCCUUCUGACCCUCUUCAAUUUGGUGCUUAUAGUAAGCAACAGCCUCUUCCUUCUGCUGAUAUUUCCUCAGUGUCCGCUAGACUUGGGCCACUUACAGUUCCACAACAAAAAGGGCAGCAGCCUAAUCUGGUGUCAUCAUCCGGCGGUCAUAUUGAGAACUGGGGAGAGUCUACAAUGGCAGACACCAGUCCUAGGACUGAUACCUCAACAGAUGUGGACACUGAUGACAAGAGUCAGAGGCUUGAACAAGGACAAGCUGCUAUUGCUGCAGCUUCCGACUCUAGCGACAAAUCAAAGGAUAAAAUGGACCAGAAGACACUUCGGCGGCUGGCUCAAAAUCGUGAAGCGGCUAGAAAAAGCCGGUUAAGAAAAAAGGCAUAUGUGCAACAACUAGAGAAUAGCAGGUUAAAGCUUACUCAACUUGAGCAGGAACUUCAGCGAGCACGCCAACAGGGCAUCUUCAUUUCAAGCUCAGGAGACCAGUCCCAUUCAAUGGGUGGAAAUGGGGCUCUGGCAUUUGACAUGGAAUAUGCGCGAUGGCUAGAAGAACACAACCGACAGAUUAAUGAGCUGAGGGCUGCAGUGAACUCACAUGCUAGUGAUAAUGACCUUCGUACUAUUGUUGAUAGCAUUAUGGCACAUUAUGAUGAAAUUUUUAGGCUCAAAAGUGUGGCAGCCAAAGCAGAUGUUUUCCACAUGUUAUCAGGGAUGUGGAAGACACCUGCAGAGAGGUGUUUUCUGUGGCUUGGGGGUUUCCGGUCAUCUGAACUUCUCAAGUUACUUGCAAGCCAACUGGAGCCACUUACGGAGCAACAGUUGAUGGGGAUAUGCAACCUACAGCAGUCCUCCCAGCAAGCUGAGGAUGCACUUUCACAGGGCAUGGAAGCAUUGCAGCAGUCCCUGGCGGAAACAUUGUCUUCUGGAUCACUUGGGCCUGCAGGGUCAUCUGGUAAUGUGGCAAAUUACAUGGGUCAGAUGGCGAUGGCCAUGGGGAAGCUUGGCACUCUUGAAAGUUUCCUCCGCCAGGCUGAUAAUCUGCGUCAACAGACACUGCAACAAAUGAUUCGCCAUACUAACAACCACGCCAAUCUGCCCGUUGCGCUCCUUGCCAUACAUGACUACUUUUCACGGCUCCGUGCAUUAAGCUCUCUGUGGCUGGCUCGGCCAAGAGAGUGAGGCUAAAUGGAUUCUGCAAAACCACUCUCUGCAUUUAAUGGCAUCAGGCCUAGAUUAUAUAUGUUGCUGCAGGCAAUGAUUGGUUACUAGGAUAUCUGAGAACUCAAGUACCUUGGUGCCUCUGGAUGAUUUAUUUAUAGUUGACCUGGGGAGCCUUUCUUCUGUACAUCUCCGUGUAGGAAACCACUUGUUGAAUGUUUAUUAUAUGCUAAUUAAUUUACAUGCUUUCCUGUUAGAUUGAUCUAUACA